AUGCGCUCCAAGUAUGAGACCACUCGACUCGACUACCUGCGCCAUGCUGAGGAGCUGGCGCACUUCGCGCAGUCCAUUGAGCACGGCAGCAGCGCGGUGGGUCGUGAGGUCGUCGCCGCGCACGUGGAAGGCAAACCCAAGGGCGCGAUCACGUGCUACCGAUGGGGGCGACCAGGCCACAUCGCAGCCAACUGUCGCGCGCGAGUCGUGCACGAAGACGAGACACCCGCGGAGGGCGGAGGCGCCAGCAUGAUACUUGCACUGACCGAGAAGCGCAGAGCGACCACGAAGAAGCGCAACAGGAGGAAGAAGGGCUCGCGCGGCAAGGACGCCGCAGCGACCAAUGUAAGUGAUGGGGCGCGAACCAUAGACGACUCAUGCGGCUUCGUGCUUACGACGAGCGACGGAGUAAGAGCCACGGACGGCACGAGCGGCCUCGUACUUGCGGCGACCGAUGCCACGGGCGUCGACCGAGGAGACUGGAUCCUCGAUAGCGGCGCGAGCCGGCAUCUUGUCAACGACGAGUCGCUGCUGCUCAAGUCGACGGCUUGCAGCCACGAGAUUGCAAUGGCAGACGGCGAGUCGCUUCACCUGACGCGUGUCGGCAGCGUGCGCCUCGAGGUUCUUGCGCGCGGCGCUGAAGCGGUAGUGACGCUCACGGAUGUGUACUUGGCGCCGCGACUGGCAAAGAACAUUGUGUCGUACGGCAAGCUCGCCAACAAAGGAUUUGCCCUAGUGCACUCCGGCGAAAGGCGCUCGCUCGCUCGGUGCAGAGAUGGCCACGCGCGACAAGGAAGGUGCAACGGAGACGCGAUCAUGGCGGCGCUCGAAGCGCAUGCAACGGAAACCAACGCCGAUGAGCCGCACGAAGCCUCGCUGUUGCACUGGCACCAGAGACUCGGCCACGUUGCGUUCGACACGAUCGAACGCAUGGCGCGCGAUCCGGCAUCGGGCAUUCGACUCAGCAACAACAAGCGUAUGGCGUGCGUGUCGUGCCUCGAAGGCAAGCAGAAGCGCAACGCGCAGUCCCAACAAGACAGCGGCAAGAACUCGCCCAUCGAUCGCAUCGGCGGCGUCAUCUGUUCGGACCUGAAGGGUCCAAUGACGCCGCGGGACCGACUCGGCAAUCGUUACCUUGUGAACUUCGUUGGUCACAAGAGCAACUACUGCCGAGUCUUCCUCGCGCGCACGAAGGACGCUGCGGCGAGGCAGUUCGAGGCGUUCCUCGUCCACUUCGAGAAGAUUUUCGGGUUCAAGGUCCGCGUGCUCCGCACGGACGGCGGCAGAGAAUACGCCAACGUGGACCUGUUCUGCGAGCGCACGGGCGUCGCGCGCCAAGUGUCGGAGGCGCGAAAUCAGGCCUCAAACGGCAAGGCGGAAAGAAUGCACCGGACAGUGCUGAACCUUGCGCGCAGCAUGAUGUUUGCCCCGCGCGCUGCCCCUGAUGUUCUGGGGAGACGCGGUACUAUACGCCGUUCACAUCCUCAACCGGAGCCCUACGCGAGCAAACGCAAAGAGAGCUGCAGCGUGUAUAGAGACCCGCGCAAGAACUUGCUGCUGCAGCGCUCGGGGCGCGCCAUCAUUGUCGGCGUCAGCGAGGAAACCAAGGGCUACAAGGCGCUGCUGCCGCGUGACAAUAAAGCGGUCGUCACGCAGCACAUCAAGAAUAUCGAGACACUGACGGAGGCGCAAAACGCGCAACUCCAGCGCGCGAUGGACGUCGGCGAUCGAGCCGGAGGCCAGGAGGAGACGGACGCGCCAGCAGCAGCAGUGGCGAACGAUGGCCCAUGGAACACGCGGGGCGUUGAAACGGCGCAGAAGCGGCUGCUCGCUCAGGAGGAGACAGCCGCGAGCGGAGAAGUCGUAAAUGCUGCUUUCGAGCAUGAUCCGCUUAACUACGGACAGGCGAUGCGCAGCGGCAAGCGCGAAGGGUGGAAGAAGGCGAUGCAAGAGGAGAUCGCCGCGCUCGAGGCCAACGACGUAUGGACUAUCACAAGGCGAACGGCAGGACAGCAUGCGCUGCACACAAAAUGGGUCUAUAAGACCAAGACAGAUGCACAGGGCGACCUCGAGCGGCUGAAAGCGCGACUGGUGGCGUGUGGCAACGAACAGGUGCUUGGCAUCGACUACACGCUCACCUUCGCUGCCGUGAUGGACCUAUAG